GACAGUUAACAGUUGGUGCAAAAAAGCAAAACAAUAACAAACAUGCACAAAAUCCUUAUUUUACUGCUGUUCCUGCCCAUAAGUCACAUCCAGGCGAAUGAAUUCAAAGGAUUGCAGUUCCUCAUCAAUAUUAUUACGGGUGAGUUCAUGGAGACAAAGAAUAAGAAUGCAGGAGUUCAACCAAUUCAGGACAUCAGCGCUGGGCAAACAAACUUUUCCUUUGUGGAUUUCAUCAGCUACCGGGAGAGGAGUCAGUGUUUCCCUCACAAUAUCUACGAAGCCCAAACUAACAAUGAGACAGACAGUGGGCAGAAGGCAAAGAAUCUCCGGGUGAAAUGUAUCCCAAAUGCCACUGGCAACAAGACUGUUCAGAUAAUCCAGUCAAUGAAGGAAGUUGUGACACUCCUAGCGCCCCAUGGGAACAACACAAAACGCACUCAGCCAGGAAAAUGUGUCCUUGUGCUGUUCUACACAAGAUCCUGCCCAGGAAGUGCUCUCAUGGGACCACAUUUUGUUGCCCUGGCCAAGGUAUUCCCAAAUCUCACACUCGCUGCUAUCGAUGCCUUCAAAUAUCACAAUUUGAACACAGAAUUUGGGAUUAUUGGGCUACCCACGCUGAUGCUCUUCCACCAGGGACGGCCAGUGGUUCGAUUCAAUGACACACAAUCCACAGUGAACAAUUUUAUCACCUUCGUCACGAAGCACACGGAUAUGUGGCCACCCUCCAUCCAGAAUGCCUAUGUGACUUCGGAGGACUUCAAUGGGCCCCUUCCCAGCAAAGUAGAGUACGAAACAGAUUACUAUCUCUACCUGGCGUGGGCUUUUAUAAUUUUCUGUGCUGGCUACUACUUCACCAAGUCGCGGCUUUAUACGCAAAUUGUCGAGAUGAUCCAGAGGAAUUGGCAUGAGUCUGAGGCUCAAAUUGAAUAGAAAACAAAUAUUCUAGUCUGUUUUGCUGUAAGUUUGUUAGGGAUAGAUAAUAAAAAAGUUGAGUUAAAGAAGUA